CUCAGUUUAAACACAGGUACUGAGACUUAGUCACAAGGACAACACUAGUCUCACCAGUCAAGCGUACUGUCCCUCAGCGUGCACUCCUGCUGCUGCAAGGACAGAAUCUCUUGCUUUGUGAGAUUUUUCAGCGAGGACUUUUGCUCGACUUUUAGUGCUAUCUCUGCUGAUGACUGUGACAACUUUGGGUAUUUCUGCAUUCAAACUUUGUAUCCAGAGAAGCUUUCACAAACUGAUAUUGAUGUGGAGAGACUCCACCAAUCUGGAUCGAUCUGUCCUUUGCCACACUCGAUCAGCGCUGCAUCCCAAAUCUCGAAAUGUAACCUGGAAAUGGCGACUUAACUCCACUUUUGAGCAAAGACUGUUGUUAUUAUUCUGCCAUACGUGCUCUUGAGGCGAGGACUUCAUUGCAUAUUGCAAGCCAGAUAUUGCAAGAUUGUCUUGGCAAUAUUGCUAGCCGUUUUGAAAAUUGUACAUUUAACUCUUUCACAGUAUUUGAUUUGGUCAAGCCACAAGGAGGUCAGAAUGCGUGAACUACUUCUUAUCCCGGUAAAGGAGAGAAAAGAGCGGGAGCGAAUAAACAGCCUUCCUGCCCCAAUUCCUGCUCCAACAUUCCCUAUUACAUACACUAUCCAAACCUCUAAGAAGUUUCCCUUUUUCCACUUCAAAAAAUGCAGAUACGAGGCAGAGAAUGCCUUCUUCUCCAACUUGAAGCUGGUGGACUUCAACAUCAUCGACACCUUGGGAGUUGGAGGAUUUGGAAGAGUUGAGCUGGUGCAGCUCAAGAGUGAAGAGACCAAAACGUUUGCAAUGAAGAUUCUGAAGAAGCGUCACAUCGUGGACACGCGGCAACAGGAACACAUCCGCUCUGAGAAACUGAUCAUGCAGGAGGCCCAUUCAGACUUCAUUGUAAGGUUGUACAGGACUUUCAAAGACAGCAAAUAUCUGUACAUGUUGAUGGAGGCCUGUCUAGGAGGAGAGCUUUGGACCAUUCUUAGAGACAGAGGAUCAUUUGAAGACUCUACUACACGGUUUUAUACAGCCUGUGUGGUUGAAGCCUUCGCUUACCUGCAUUCCAAGGGAAUAAUUUACCGUGAUUUAAAGCCAGAAAAUCUCAUUCUAGAUCACAGAGGAUAUGCCAAACUUGUGGACUUUGGCUUCGCUAAAAAGAUUGGAUUUGGGAAGAAAACAUGGACAUUCUGUGGAACGCCGGAGUAUGUAGCCCCAGAGAUCAUACUGAAUAAAGGCCAUGACAUCUCAGCAGACUACUGGUCAUUGGGAAUUCUUAUGUAUGAACUCUUGACUGGAAGGUAAAACGUGUUUUUUUUCAUUGGG